AUGGAGGGUUCGAAGUCGUCGAGCACAACGAUGCAGGUGAGCUUCGUGUGUCAGCGGUGCUCUCAGCCGCUCAAACUGGACACAUCGUUCAACGUGCUGGACCGAGUCACCAUCCAGGAGCUCAUCGCCCCGCUGGUCACCGUGACCCCCAACAAGCAGGCUGACCGCAGCCGAGGGGGGACACAACCAGAGGAGACAUUUGUGGAAAAUAAGCAAGAUGGAGUGUCCAGAAAAUACAUCCCCCCUGCACGGAUGAUGUCCACAGAGAGCGCCAACAGUUUCACUCUGAUCGGAGACGCAUCUGACGGUGGCACCAUGGAAAACCUUAGUCGUAGACUGAAGGUAACGGGCGACCUGUUCGACAUCAUGUCCGGUCAAACGGACGUGGAUCAUCCUCUGUGUGAGGAAUGCACGGACACUCUGCUGGAUCACCUGGACACGCAGCUCAACAUUACGGAGAACGAGUGUCAGAAUUACAAGCAGUGUCUGGAGCUGCUGUCCACCCUACAAGUGGAGGAAGAGGAGACUCUGCUGAAGGAGCUCCAGCAGCUGAAAGACGAGGAGGAGACCCUGGUCAAAGAGCUGGAGGCUGUGGAGGAACAGAGGGCCGCGGUGGCCCAGGACCUGUCCCAGACCAGGAUCCAGUCUCAGCAGCUGGACAAAGAGGAGCUACAGUACCAAAAGGAGUACAGCGAGUUCAAACGGCAGCAGCUGGAGCUGGAUGAUGAGCUGAAGAGCGUCGACAACCAGAUGCGCUACUGCCAGAUUCAGCUGGAUCGACUGAAGAAAACCAAUGUUUUCAAUGCAACGUUUCACAUCUGGCACAGCGGUCAGUUUGGUACCAUCAACAACUUCCGUCUGGGUCGCCUUCCCAGCGUCCCUGUGGAGUGGAACGAGAUCAACGCAGCCUGGGGGCAGACGGUGCUGCUGCUUCACGCCCUAGCUAAUAAAAUGGGGCUGCGAUUUCAGAGAUACCGUCUUGUCCCAUACGGAAACCACUCCUACUUGGAGUCGCUGACAGACAAGUCAAAGGAACUUCCUCUGUAUUGCUCAGGUGGCUUGAGGUUCUUCUGGGAUAACAAGUUUGAUCACGCCAUGGUGGCCUUCCUGGAUUGUGUGCAGCAGUUCAAAGAGGAGGUGGAAAAAGGAGACACUGGCUUCUGCCUCCCGUACAGGAUGGAUGUGGAGAAAGGGAAGAUUGAAGAUACAGGCGGCAGCGGCGGUUCCUACUCGAUAAAAACCCAGUUUAACUCCGAGGAGCAGUGGACCAAGGCGCUCAAGUUUAUGCUCACCAAUCUGAAGUGGGGACUGGCCUGGGUUACCUCACAGUUCUACAACAGAUAAACCCCCCUGGAUUUAUUAACGUCAGUCAUGUGCACUUGAUAGAUUUCAUACGAUUCUUGAACUGUUUUUACUAUAUUGCAUCUAUGUCAGUAUAAUGUUUCUCUUAAGUUUUUUUUUGCUUCAUGGUGGGGAUUGAAAGUAGCGUGGACUGUAUUGAAGCCCCUCUGCAAGCAGAAUGUGUUCUUUUUGUGGUAAUCUGCUUCAGAUUAAUAAUUGUAUUUUCUGAAACUGUGGCACUGAAUAAAUGACACGCUUCAUCCAAAGAGAAGUCAGACAGCUCAGAUUUAUUUCAAGUUUUAAAAGGUACCAGGUUUUGUGUUUUACUGCAUCUUGGUGAUAUCCUGUGACAAAUGUUUGAUUAGGAGCUUAUGGU